UUCACACCAGACAGACUCAUCUCUACCAACAGUUGUACCAGCAGCUUGAACACAUGACCAUGAACACCAGAAUACUCCUGCUCCUUGCUGUCACCAUCUGUAUCACAGUCGCCCAGCGUCCUGUGAGCCAGCGAUGUUUGUGUCGGAAGGUACGGAACAGCUUUGGAGCUCCAAACACUGUUGAGGACAUCCAGAUCUAUCCGCCAACUCCCUCCUGUGACAGGCUGGAGAUCAUUGUUAGCCUUAAGAAUGGAGUGCAGUACUGCCUGGACCCCAGUAUGAAGAAGGUGCAGAGACUUCUCACUCGCCUGAUGAAGAAGUCCUCUCCCCCAACUGUCCCCACUCCAAUUGAGGCCAUCUCUAAUGAGAGAAGCAUUGACUCUGCUGAUAUCUGAUUCCCUAUCUGAUUCCCUGUCUCAGACUCCCUCUACGACUCUAUUUAGCAGGGUUUCCCAAACCCGGUACUGGGGCCCCCACUUGCUGCAUGUUUUGAUUUUUGCCCUAGCACUACACAGCUGAUUCAAAUAACCAACUCACAG